GGCGGGACGUAGGUGUCAUGGCGCGCUCCAUCUGAAGUCUGUGCGCUUUCCGGAGAGCGGCGUGUGGACGCGCUCUCUCUGGACUGCUGUGCGGAUUCCCAUCCUCCGGAGUCAUCUUUCAGGAGGACUUGAAACUAAUUGCAGAUCAUCAAGAGAAGAUGCCUUCCGCCUCCUGUGGUACCCUGCUGGAUGACAUAGAAGACAUCGUGUCACAGGAGGAUUCAAAGCCACGGGACAGGCAUUUUGCAAGAAAGCAUGUCGUUCCAAAGGUGCGAAAACGAAAUGCCCAAAAACACGUCCAAGAGGAGAGCAGCCCUCCCAGUGAUAGCACUAUUCCGGGCAUACAGAAGAUUUGGAUACGAACGUGGGGUUGUUCCCACAAUAACUCGGAUGGCGAGUACAUGGCCGGACAGCUAGCCGCUUAUGGGUAUCAGAUGACAGAAAAUGCAUCCGAUGCAGAUUUAUGGCUCCUGAACAGUUGCACUGUAAAAAACCCAGCUGAAGAUCACUUUAGAAACGCCAUUAAAAAAGCCCAAGAGGAGAACAAGAAAGUGGUGCUGGCCGGAUGUGUCCCGCAAGCCCAGCCUCGUCAGGACUACCUGAAAGGGCUGAGUGUCAUUGGGGUGCAGCAGAUAGAUCGUGUGGUAGAAGUUGUGGAGGAAACAAUUAAAGGCCACUCUGUGAGGCUGCUGGGUCAGAAGAAGGACAACGGAAAGCGGUUGGGAGGAGCGCGAUUGGAUUUGCCGAAGAUCAGGAAGAAUCCGCUGAUAGAAAUCAUUUCCGUCAACACCGGGUGUCUCAACGCGUGUACCUACUGCAAAACGAAACACGCCAGAGGAAAUCUGGCCAGUUACCCAAUUGAUGAACUAGUCGAUAGAGCCAAACAGUCUUUUCAAGAGGGCGUCUGUGAGAUCUGGCUGACCAGCGAGGACACCGGGGCCUACGGCAGAGACGUCGGCACCGACCUCCCCACGCUGCUGUGGAGACUGGUGGCCGUGAUCCCCGAGGGGGCGAUGCUGAGGCUCGGCAUGACGAACCCCCCCUACAUCCUCGAGCACCUGGAGGAAAUGGCAAAAAUCCUCAAUCAUCCCAGGGUCUACGCUUUCCUGCACAUCCCGGUCCAGUCCGCCUCCGACAGCGUGCUCAUGGAAAUGAAGAGAGAGUACUGCGUGGCUGACUUCAAAAGAGUGGUGGAUUUUCUGAAAGAGAAAGUUCCUGGAAUAACUAUUGCUACAGACAUCAUCUGUGGUUUUCCUGGAGAAACGGAUCAGGAUUUUCAAGAAACAGUGAAACUCGUUGAAGAGUACAAAUUUCCAAGUCUCUUUAUUAAUCAGUUUUACCCACGACCAGGAACUCCUGCUGCAAAAAUGGAACAAGUUCCGGCACAAGUGAAAAAGCAAAGGACAAAAGACCUGUCUCGAGUAUUUCACUCGUAUAACCCGUACGAUCACAAGAUUGGUGAAAGACAGCAAGUGUUGGUAACGGAAGAAUCUUUCGAUUCCAAGUUUUACGUGGCCCACAAUCGCUUCUAUGAGCAGGUGUUAGUGCCAAAGAACGCCUCGUUCAUGGGGAAAAUGGUUGAAGUGGACAUUUAUGAAUCAGGAAAGCAUUUCAUGAAAGGGCAGCCGGUCGCGGACGCCAGAGUCUACGUGCCGUCCAUCAGCCCGCCGCUAGCGAAGGGCGAGGUCUCGGGCGUAACCAAGGAAUUCAGAGAUAGGCUUGGCCAUCACCCAAGUUCAAUAUCCCACACCUCUGCUGCAACUCAGCGCGACUCAGCAAGUUCCAGAAGAGGGCUGCCAGUGCCCCGGCUACGCCAGGACUGUGCACUCGGGAUAGCCGCAACCCUGGCCCUGUGUGCUCUGCUCCUUGCUUUGCUUGUCAAGGCCUAUAAUUAGGAUGGAACUCAACCAUGAUCUGUGAAGAGCAACAGAUUUCUCAUUCAGGUCUCCAGUGAGCAGAAAAGCGACCUCAGCAGCUCUCGAAGGGAAGGGCAGUCAUCGACAACUGUGCCUCGGCCUCCCCUCCAGCACACUUUGAAUGAGCCUAACCCUGUCUCUCAGUGAGUUGGGCCCAGUUGUCAUUUUACCUAAAAUCCAGUCACAGAUGUCAUGUGUAUCUUUCAAAUUAAACUCCUUUUUUUUUUUUUAAACAAGAAAUGCGGUGGUUGAGUGGUUUUGUUUUUUGUUUUUUAAUUAUCCAGUCAUCAAGUAAGAACCUAAUUGUACAGUGGUUCUGGGCAGUUUUUCCUUAUGUGGAAGAAUUUUCCAUCUUUAAUAAGCAUUUUUAAGUCUAUCUUCCUCUUCAUACUUUGUGUGAAGUCCCAGGAUAAGAACAUCUUAUUUUUCACAGCGGAUGUGCUCCUGAAAAGUGGCUAUGGAGGCCUGUCUUUGGAACUUAGCUCCUUCUAGAACGUGCAAGGAGAGCCGCCCGAUACUCUUGGCGCUACUCUGUGAAACACACAGAGUUGCCCACCUCCACAGCAUCCGGCAACUUGGAGAAACUGGAUUUGUCUAAAACAAAUCAUGCCCCUUUUGAUGUUUUUGAUCAAUUACAUCAAAUAUUUUUAUUUCUAUGUGACCCCAUUGGUCUUUACUGAGUGAAGUGGCCUUUUUCUCAAUAAAAGAAUUGGCAUAAGAA